AUGUUUCGUGGAGUGAGAGUUCCCGUGGCGGCCGGCAGCGCGGAGAGAUUCGAGGUGCUGAAGGUGCUGGGUCGCGGCGCCUUCAGCACGGUGCACCUGGUGCGCAAGGUCGGCGGGGAAGACGACGGGCGCAGCUACGCCCUGAAGGAGCUGCCGAAGGGGCAGUACAGGACCCAAGAGGCGCUGUCCAGGUUCCUCCUGAAGGAGCGGCGAGUGCUGGAGGCUGUCGGCGAGGCGCCCUUCCUCCUGCACCUGCACUACGCCUUCCAGACGGAGGAGGCGGCCUUCUUGGUGGUCGACCACGCGGCGGGAGGCGACCUCACCGCCGUGCUGGAGGACCUGGGGUUCCUGGCGGAGGACCAGGCCCGCCUGGUGCUUGCCCAGCUCUUCACGGCCCUGGACACCCUCCACUCGCUCGGCGUGAUCCACCGCGACGUGAAGGCCGACAACGUGCUGGUGGACGGCGAGGGCAACGUGGUGCUGGCCGACUACGGGCUGUGCUCGGAGCCGGCGGAGGAAGGCUGCCUCGUCGGCCGCACCAUAUGCGGGACGGUGGAGUAUAUGGCGCCUGAGGUGUUCCUCAGGCGUCCGCCCGGGUACACCGCGGCCGUGGACUUCUGGGGCGCGGGCGUGCUGGGCUUCGAGCUGCUGACGGGGAUCCUGCCCUUCGACCCCAAGUUCAAGGGCGACAGGAAGAAGACAAUUCACAAGAUCAUAAGAAAGGAGCCGAAGUACCCGCCGCGCCUGUCGCCCGAGGCGGCGGACAUGCUCAGGAGGCUCCUGAGCAAGAAGCCCCACAAGCGCCUCGGAGGGCCGGCGGCUGACCUGACGGAGGUGAAGCUGCACCCAUUCUUCCAGGACCUGGACUGGGAGGAUCUGCCGCCCCCCUUCAGGAGGAGAGAGGGGCCGGAGUGGGCUGCAGAGAGCACCGUGGACGAGGGUGCCUCAGAGGUCGGAGAGGUGCCAGUACUCAUGCGAGGACACCUGUCGGGCUUCGACUACACGUCGCCAGUCCACAGGCAGCCCUCGGCCAGACCUCAGCCCCCGUCCAGCCCCCAGCCCCCGUCUAGUCCUCGGACCCCGGCACGUCGUCCACAGCUCACGUCCAGUCCACUGCCCACGUCCAGUCCACGGCCCCCGGCAAGUCCACAGCCCACGCUCAGUCUACGGCCCAAGUCCUGUCCACUGCCGUCGUCCUGGCUUCUACCACCGUCCAGUCCACGGCCCCCGGCAGGUCCACAGCCCCCGACCAGUCUACAGUCCCUGUCCAGUCCACAGCCUGUCCCGUCGGCGACUCCGUCAGGAGUAAACAAGUCAGCUGCUGUGACCCGGGACCGUUCUUGCAAAGAAGACGAAAAUGAUGAAUCAAACAUUCAGGAAGACAAACCGAAAGGAAAUCGUUUUAAAAGAGUGGUUCAAGGAACGUCAGUCGCUCAGCGAGUGGGUGACUCGCUUCUUCACGGCAGUUCCUGGUCGAGCGGGGACUUCGAGGCGGAGGAAACGUCGGUCGCGGAGCGAGUACUGAAGAAACUUCGGUGGCUGAGCGAGCUGGAGACUCGCUGCUAA